CUACUCGCUUGAAUUAAGCAAACGCCUCUGGUAAAUUUUGAACCUGUAUCUUUACGUGUAUGUAUUCUUAGCUGACGAAUUGCCAAAAAAUUAUUUUGUUUGAAAAUUGUUGAAGUUUUAACCAUUUCCAAUUAACUAUGCCGUGCAAAGGUGUAAGAGAAGAUUGGAGCUGCAAAUUUUCUGCAGAAGAAUUGCUCAAGCGGACGGAUGAUCUUAUAAAUACAACACGAAGCAUCUAUGAUUCUGUUGCGGCUGUGCCGGAUACCGAUGUUAACUAUGAUACUGUUUUAAAGGUGUUGGCUGAUGCAGAAUGUGAAUGUAGCACCAAAAGAUAUAUUUUAGAUCAAGUACAAUACUUUUCACCAGAUCAAAAGAUACGAGAUGCUAGUACAGAAGCUGAUCAAAAGCUUAGAGCUUUUGAUGUUGAAAUAAGCAUGAGACAAGAUAUAUUCAAAAAACUAAUUAUUCUUGAAAAACAGAAAGAUACUCUAAAACCAGAACCAAAACGCUAUCUUGAAAAGCUAAUAAAAAAUGGCAAGCGAAAUGGAUUGCAUCUUCCUGGUGAAACUCAAGAAAUGAUUAAAACACUAAAAAAUAAAAUCAAUUCUUUAUGUAUUCAAUUUAUGAAAAACCUUUCUGAUGAAGCAACAACAUUAGAAUUUAGUGAUAAGGAUCUUAUUGGUUUACCUGAUGAUUAUUUUGGCAAUUUAAAAAAGCUUGAAAAUGGAAAUUAUGAGGUAACUUUAAAAUAUCCAGAUGUCUUUCCAAUUAUGGAAAAAUGCAGAAAUCCUGAGACAAGGCGAAGAAUGUUUAUAGCAUUUAAUUCUAGAUGUGUCAAAGAAAAUGAUCCUAUAUUGCAUGAAGUUACUGAACUGCGACAUAAGCUAGCAAAUAUAUUGGGAUAUCCAAGACAUACUGAAUAUGCUACCGAACUAUUAAUGGUCAAAUCUGGUGAUAAUGUGCAAAAGUUUUUAACAGAAUUAUGGCAUAAAUUAGAACCUUUGUGGGAAGAUGAAAGGAAGCUAAUGCUAGAACUCAAAGAAAAAGAGUGUAAUGAAUUGGGCAUCCCAUUUGAUGGCAAAUUACAACCAUAUGAUUUAAAGUUUUAUGCAACAAAAGUUGAAAAAAUAAAAUAUUCUGUUGAUCACACGAAACUGAAAGAAUAUUUUCCUCUUCAGACUGUAACUGAAGGGUUAUGUAAAAUUUAUCAGGAUCUAUUAGGACUCAAAUUUACUGAAAUAGAAAAUCCUGAGGUUUGGCAUGAAGAUGUUCAAAUGUUUAAAGUUGAAGAUAAAGAUACUGGAGACUUAAUGGGAUAUUUCUUCUUGGAUUUGUUUCCAAGAACAGGAAAAUACACACAUGCUUGUGUUAUCGUUAAUCAACCAGGGUGCCUUAUAGCAGAAGGUGUUCGGCAAGUUACUGUAGGAACUAUGUUGACAAAUUUUACAAAACCACAAAAAGACAAACCAUCUCUUUUAAAUCAUAGUGAGGUUGUUACUUAUUUUCAUGAGUUUGGUCAUCUUAUGCAUGCUAUAUGUGCACAAGCUGAUUUGGCAGAAUUUGCAGGAAUUGCUGUGGAAAGUGAUUUUGUUGAAGCACCUUCACAAAUGUUAGAAAACUGGUGUUGGGAAGUUGAGCCUUUAAAGAUGAUGUCUUGUCAUUACGCAACAAAAUCAGAAAUACCAGAGGAUUUAUUAAAUGCUCUGAUUAAAUCCAACUUGGCCAAUGCAGGAUAUCGUAAUUUACGCCAAGUUGUAUUGGCUACAUUUGAUUUUAAAAUUCAUUCAAAAAUUGAGAAAGAUAUCAACAGAGUUUUCAGAGAUACUUGCAAAGAAAUAAUGGGAAUUGAAGAAUCUGAAGAUACAUUUAUGGGAUGCAGUUUCCAACACCUUUGUGGCGAAUAUGAUGCUCGUUAUUACAGUUAUUUAUGGAGUGAAGUUUAUUGUAUGGACAUGUUUUAUACCCGAUUCAAAGAUGGCAAAGUAUUGGAUCCAGAAACUGGAAAAGAUUACAGAAAUAAAAUUUUGAAACCAGGAGGAUCAAAGGAUGCAAUUGAUAUGCUUGUGGACUUCCUGGGACGGCAUCCAACACAGGAUGCGUUCUUGAAGAGCAAAGGUCUUAAAGUAUAAAUACAGAACAAAUAAAAGAUAGUUUUAUGGGGAAAAACUCUCUUAAGAAGAGAAAUUAAUAAAUUUUUUAUGCCUUCA